AUGAAAAUAUUUCUAGGGUUUGUGAUUUGGAGUGUCUUGAGCAAUGGGAUCCAUGUGGAAGGUUCCGCAGAGAUCGAUGUAAUGUUGAAGAGACUGAACAAACCUGCAGUGAAGACUAUCUAUAGUGAAGAUGGAGACAUCAUAGACUGUGUAGACAUUUACAAGCAACUUGCUUUCGACCAUCCCGCCUUGAAAAACCACACAAUUCAGGAGAAACCGAGUGUGAAGCUAAACUCAGACCAACCAGGGAGUCUGAAACCGAAUUCUUCAAAAACGAUUAUACCCCAGAUUUGGAGGAAAGCUGGUAAAUGUCCUGAAGGGACAGUCCCGAUCCGGAGAGUGAGAUUAGAAGAAAUAACAAGUGCAUCUAAUGUUUCCCAAUUUGGCAGAAAAGCUCCAUACUAUAAUCGUCAUCUCGAUAUUGCUCGCCAAAAAAGUUUAUUAGGUGACGCAUUUAAGAGCUCAAAUUUACAGGAAAAAUCGGAGGCAUUUCUUCUCGCAGUUGGGUAUAAUUAUAUCGGUUCUCAAUCACAUAUAAAUGUAUGGAACCCGAAGGUUGAAUCGGGUGACUUCAGCUCGGGCCAAAUCUGGAUGCAAAACGGACCUGGAGAUGCAUUUGAAAGUGUAGAAGCUGGUUGGGUGGUGAAUCGAGGCGUAUUUGGAGAUUCACGAACGCGGUUUUUCGCCUAUUGGACUAAAGAUGGAUACAAAUCAACAGGUUGCUUCAACAUCUUAUGCGCCGGUUUUGUGCAUACCAGCAAAAAGAUAGCUUUAGGUGCACCAAUCGAACCCAUCUCUAGUGGGGAUAACCAAUACGACAUCGCUAUCAGCUUGUUCAAGGAUCCGAAUUCUGGGAAUUGGUGGCUUCACUUCGGCGAUGAAAUAGUAGGGUACUGGCCCGGAUCCCUCUUCUCGUACCUUGGCCACAGCGCGAUCGUGGUCAAAUGGGGCGGCGGAGUUUACAGCAGUAACGUGAGGAAGAGUCCACACACGACGACCCAGAUGGGAAGUGGCUACUGGGCGUCAGGCCUGUGGACCAAUUCUGCAUUCCACACCAAUAUCCGGAUUCAGGACUAUUCCUUGCAGAUCAAGUAUCCCGAUAAUCUCGCCGAGUAUGCGGACGAAUACAACUGUUAUUCUACAAAGCUAUACAGGGAUAACUACAAGGCCGAACCCUUCUUCUACUUCGGAGGACCUGGAAAGAACCCAGGUUGUCCUUAA